AUGUCCACAGUUGAAGAAGCACCAGACUUUCUUGAAGUUCUUUCUGAUGGAUCUGUAAAACGCUUUGUGCCGGGUGUGGUCCCUGCCUCACCAGAAUCAACUAACGGAUUCAAGUCCAAGGAUGUGAUCAUCGACUCCUCAAAGCCAAUUACUGGAAGGAUUUUCCUUCCUGGUAAUCCAACAUCCUUGAGUAAGCUUCCAGUAGUGGUUUAUUUUCAUGGUGGUGGCUUCUGCAUUGGCUCAACCACAUGGCCUGGCUACCAUCAUUUCCUAGGAGGCUUCUCUGUUGCAUCCCAAUCCAUUGUUAUUUCGGUUGACUACCGUUUAGCACCAGAGAACCGGCUCCCCAUAGCUUAUGAAGACUGUUACUGCACACUUGAUUGGCUUGGUCACCAAGUAAGCUCUGAGCCAUGGCUGGACCAAGCUGACCUCUCCCGGGUGUUUCUCUCCGGGGACAGUGCAGGGGGAAACAUAUCACACAAUGUUGCUGUGAAAGUCAUUCGGAAUAAAAUCAGUCAUGUCAAAAUAAGCGGCUUAUUGUUGAUACAUCCUUAUUUUGGGAGUGAAAAGAGAACUGAGAAAGAGAUGGCUGAAGAGGGAGCAGGGGAUGUGGCAAGCAUUGACAUGUUUUGGAGACUAAGUAUACCUGAGGGCUCCAACCGUGACUAUUUCGGAUGUAACUUUGAGAAGACACAACUGUCUGCAACCGAAUGGAUCGAUGAGUUCCCCGCUGUGGCAGUGUAUGUGGCAGGGUUGGAUUUUUUGAAAGAGAGGGGAGUGAUGUAUGCUGAGUUUCUGCAGAAAAAAGGAGUUAAAGAAGUGAAGCUGGUGGAGGCUGAGAAGGAGUCUCAUGUGUUUCAUGUUUUUCACCCUGAAUCUGAGGCAACCCGUUUGCUUGAGCGAAAUAUGACUGAAUUCAUCAGGAGCCAUUAG